AUGAACCAAGAUUUAUUUGAUAAUCCAUUUGGAAUUGCUCCACCCUCUGAUGAUUCUUAUACAGCGCUCUCAAAGUUUACAAAUGAAUUCGCAGAGGCGAUUCCCCAAGAUCGAUUUGAUUCAUUCAGAAGUAAACUGGCGAGCCUUCAUAAAGCAUCAAAUGAAAAGAUUAAUAGUCUCAGAGAAGACAUGAUCCAAGGACACAAUAAUCUCAGAGAAGACAUGAUCCAAGAGUCAGAUACAAAGUUUGGCAUCCUAGAAGGGCAGCUUGUGGUGUUAGAAAACAGUUUUCGAGUCAAUACGGGUAAUAUUACCUGA